CGGCAGCGAAUUUUCACAGUCAGUAGUGCUCGAAACACUCGGUUGAUCGUUUGGGACAGAGAAAACUCGAUCCACAGGUGGCAAAAGGAAGAGAAGCAGUUCAAGUAUAGUGCAGAGUCAGAACCAAAGCCAGAGUCUGUUGAACUUUUGCCAUUUUGCCGCGCGCAGUUUUUCCGCUGAGGAUCGAUAGUUUUCCCCCGCUCGCAGGGUUCGUGUUUAAACUAGCUCAACUAACCCCUUUAUAUUUUGCCACAAACUAACCUUCGCAACACCAAACCAACAACAAAAUCACAUCCAAAAUGAGUCGCCGUCCCGGAUUCCGCACCCGCGUCUACGCCUCCAACCUGGGCAUGGUGGAGAACAACUACAAAGAGGCCCUGGCCCGACUCGAGAGAAGCCGCAGACCAGCAUCGGCCGACCGCGAGCAAACAUCGAUGCACCGCGCUUCCCCUCUCGCCAGCAAGCCCCUGUUCGACUUCAACGGAGACGAGUUCGACGAGGACCUGUCGAUGGCCCGGGCCCGUGCCUCCAAGGUUAUCCACGAGAAGUCGAUCAUCGAUUCGCGUUCGGAUCAGCUGCGCAGCCACAGCCUGGCCCCGGUCAGCAGUUCCGUGCUGGAGAACGACUUCGACGAGCAGGUCCAAGCCACAUUGAACCGAAUCCGCGCCAACAAGAACCUUCUGAAGCAACUGCAGAGCGAUGAUACGCUGGAACAGGUUCGCAGCGAAACUCGGUCCAAGCUGAGUGAACAGACCGCCAAGAAACUGGCCGAAAAACUGUCCAGCUACGACGACUCCAGCGAUCUUGCGUCCACCGAAAAGCAAUCCGUGAGGAAAACACUCAAGAUUAGAGCAGUAACCGAUAGCAGCUCCGCCUUGGACUCCAAGAGUGCCCUCAAGUGGAAGGACGAAACUGCGGAGUCCUUCGCAGCCAAACGAGCCAACGCCACCAGGGCGCGUCUGGCCGAUCUGGACCAGGAAAUGAUGGAUUUCGAAGAGAAGCAAGCUGCCCGAGCUCGCCGUGCAGCUCAUCUGAAGAAGGUCCUCGCGGAAACGGCGUGCGAUGAGUUGAUCCCAGCCACCACCACCGAACAGGCAGGAACCAAAGUCACAACCGGAAUGGUCCGAUUCAAAACACAAAAGAAGGUUGUUUCUUUCUAAGUGUUGGAUUUACUAGAGUUAGCAACCAAUAAAUUUACCUUAUAUUUUCUGUUUCAAAUUCCUACCUUAUUGUUAUCGUUUAAUCUAUAUACUGUAUAAAUUUUUGAAAAUAAAAUGGAAAAAUAACACUACUAUUAGGAUGUAAGACAUUCACAUAAUAGAUACCUUUCAACUGGCACUAGGCACUGCUUUUCUCCUUGUCACCAAAUGGCUCAUGACAGAACGAGCUGAGAGCGAGCGUAGAAUUAAUUAAUGUUAGGAAGAAGUAGACAGGACAAUAAUCAAAAAAAUGUAAAUUAUAAAUAGAGAUUUGCUAUACUCAAAGCAAUACCAAAAUAAUGACUCACAGUGCGAAUUAUAACCAAGGUUAACAUUCUCGGGCGAUGAUAACAAUAAUCUAUUUAAAUAUUUGAUGCGAAAAUCCUUGCAGUCGGAGAUUGAUGAACCCUGAGUCAGACCAUGUUUUAUUUUUUUUUUCGCAAAACCAACAGACAAGAUGUGAGAUAAAUGGCCGGCCAUCAAAACUUGGCAUUGCCGUACGUAGAUUCAUUUAUUUUUUAUCAGACGAUGUUAGGCAUGUGUUCGAGCUUUUACGGAAAAUCAAAUAAGUCACUUAUACUGUAUUUAUAUUUUACCUGUAACUGACCCAAUGAAAAAUAACAAUUCAAGAUUCACAUCUCAGAUGAAGUAUAAGGCACUCUAGUUUCGAUAUAUUUAUUUCGUCUUUUCAGCUUUGUAUUUCAUGACAAAACUUUUAACCUGUAAUAAAAAGGAUACCAAUGAAA